AUGAGGUAUCUGGAGAUCAACGGCGAUGUGCCCAUCCCGGAGGGGGUGACGGUGGAGGCGAAGGCGCGCAAGAUCACCGUCAAGGGCCCCCGCGGUGAGCUGCACAAGGAGCUCAAGCACAUGGCGGUGGACAUUUUCGUGACGGAGAAGGACGGGAAGCCGAUCGUCAAGGUCGCGAAGCACUUCGGCACUUCCAAGCAGGUGUCUUCGAUCCGCACGGCGUGCUCGCACAUCAAGAACAUGAUCCUGGGCGUCACGAAGGGCUUCCAGUACAAGAUGCGCCUAGUGUACGCGCACUUCCCCAUCAACAUCAACCUCGAGAAGAAGGGCACGGUGGUGGAGAUCCGCAACUUCCUGGGCGAGAAGCGCGUCCGCAUCGUCAACAUGCUCCCCGGCGUGACCUGCGAGAAGGACGCCAACGUCAAGGACCAGCUCGUCUUCACCGGCAACUCCAUCGAGAACGUGUCGCGGUCGUGCGCCCUGAUCAACAACUGCUGCCUGGUGCGCAACAAGGACAUCCGGAAGUUCCUCGACGGCAUCUACGUGUCGGAGUCGGGCGUGCUGGUGACCGAGUAG